CAAAGAAUAAAAAAGAAGAAAGGCAAGGCAGGAAACGAAUGGGAAUCACAGCAACCCCACCCUUGGUAUAAAAUUUUUCUUUCAAUGCCAUACACUCAAAGUUUCUUCGUCCUUUUCUGAGAAGGCAAACAAGGGGAUGGAGAGAGACUGUUGAUUAUGAUUUUAACAACCCAAAAGACCUGUUUGGUUGAGUGCAUGAACAAAGGAAACUCAGCAAAGUGAUAGAGAGGAAGUUAAAAGGAAAAGAAAAAAGUUUUUCAGAAAAAGAAAAAAGUUUUUCUUCUUUUCUUAUUCUUUAUUUGUUGUGUAUCUGUGGGGUUGAGCAUCUUUUUUUGGAGGAUCAUAGAGUCGUAUGAAAAUUGAAGUAGCAAGCUCAUCAUCAACAACAAUUAAGCAAAUAAAUGAUGGCAGCUGGAAACCCUAGCUGGUGGAGCAUGAAUCCACAACCGCAACAGCAUUCUUCUAAUUUGUUUACUGCUCCAAUACCCCCUUCUCUCCUAUCUCCUCAGUAUGUCGUUGGAUCUUCUACAACUCUUCUUCCUAAUUCUUUGCCUGAUCAUCAUUUCCAAGAGCUUCCCGUACAGUCAUGGAGCCAACUACUCCUGGGAGGAGUAUCCGGGGAAGAAGAAAGGUUUGGGACAAGUCAUUAUCAGCCCAAAAAGUUGGAAAUUUGGGAAAGCCAAAUCCUAAGCCCAUCUCCAAGGGUUCCUUUGGUUGUUGACGUAAAGCAAGAGAUUACUCAAAAUAGCAACCUCUUGGGUCAUAGUAAUGAUGAAUUUCAAGCAUCUGCGGCUGCUUGGUCCCAAAUAAUGCCAGUUUCCCCUCCCAGAUCUUGCAUUACUAACUUAAGUAGUAAUAAUAUAUUAGAAUUGACUUACCACAAGGCGGCAGAUCUUGAAACGACUGUUAAUCAACCUGGCUUAAAUCAUUCUUCUGAGUGUAAUAGCAUAGCCACAGGUCGGGUAUGCAAGAAGGCUAGGGUUCAGCCAUCUUCAAGUUCAAGCCAACCACUUUUAAAGGUGAGAAAGGAGAAGCUGGGAGACAGAAUAACAACACUUCACCAGUUAGUUUCCCCAUUUGGAAAGACCGACACAGCUUCUGUUUUGUUAGAAGUUAUUGGGUAUGUCAGAUUCCUUCAGGAUCAAAUUGAGGCUCUUAGCUCCCCUUACUUGGGUACUGCAUCUCCAAACGUGAGGAACCAACAAACUGAUAAGGCGAAGAACUUGAGGAGUAGAGGGCUGUGCUUGGUUCCUGUAUCAUACACUACUCAUCAUGCUGAAGCCGACAACGAUGGUGCUCAGUACUGGCCCCCAGCAUUCGGGGGCGGCGGAUUUUAAAAGUAGUAGAUUUUCAGCAUCAAACUUUGGAAGAAUGGAAUGGUAUAACAUAAUGAGCAGUCGAUCUGCUGAAAAUCUUAAAACGCCGAUUGCUCACCAUGCUAUACCAUUGCAUUCUUUUUCUAGCUCCACUUUCUGAAUGUGCAAUGCUUAUGUUUACUGUUUUGUACCCUAUUCUUUUAAUAAUUCAU